AUGUCGUCGAACUCAUAUGACAGGGAUCAUAGGUACUGCUAUUGCGGUGAAAGGUCAGUCAUUCGAACCUCUUGGACAUCUGAAAAUCCCGGCCGCCGAUUUCGUUCUUGCAUUGAGUACGAGGGAGAAGGAAACCCAGAGUGUGAUUUUUUCUCUUGGGUUGAUCCUCCUAUGUGUAGAAGGUCCACGGAAAUUAUUCCUGGAUUGUUGCGAAAAUCAAAUGUUUUGCGUGCUGAGAAUGAAGAAUUGCGAGAGGAAAACAUUAGAUUGGUUGAAUGCAAGAAGCUGGAGUUAGAGAUGUCGGAUUGGCAAAGGGAGUUGAAGUCCGCGAAAAUGAUUCCUAGGUUGUUGCAAAAUCAAAUGAGUUGCAUGCUGAGAUUGAAGAAUUGCGAGAGGAAAAUAUUAGAUUGGUUGAAUGCAAGAAGAAGCUGGAGUUAG